GGCAAACAUCCACUUCUCCGGCGACCGUUUACCCGCGUCCGAUAGUCAGACAGACAGCUCAGCCUCAUCAGCCAGGAGCUGCCGGACACUCUGCACAGCUCCCCAACCCAACGACGCACAACCAACGAACCACACUCGCACCCCACCGCCCAUCGCCGCGCCCCCGCCCCUCCCUUCGCAGCAGCAACCGCAACAAUGGCGCAAUACCUCCUAGACCUGCUCUACUCUUUGACAACCUGCAUCUCCUGUUUCCCCUCGAGCCCGAACCUCACAAUCAACGCGCGGACCUUCAAGAUCCUCUCGCUCCUCGGGGAGGGCGGGUUCUCGUACGUGUACCUGGUGCGCAGCACAUCCUCGGGCUCAAUCUACGCUUUGAAAAAGAUCCGAUGUCCGUUCGGGCGCGAGUCCGUCUCGCUCGCCGUGCGCGAAGCAGAGAGCUACCGGCAGUUCUCGCAUCCGAACCUUAUCGCGAGCGUGGACUACGCUGUAGUCACGUCGAGUGGGAGGGGGGGCGCAACGGUCGUGGGAAGCGAUGGCGAGGGAGAUCAGGCGGAGAAAACGGUCUAUAUACUCUUGCCGUAUUAUCGGAGGGGUAAUCUGCAGGAUGCGGUAAACGCGAAUUUGGUUAAUCAUACCAAUUUUCCGGAGAGGAUGUUGGUGAGGCUGUUUCUCGGCGUGUGUGAGGGCGUGCGCGCACUGCAUGAGCAUACUGUUUCCGGGCCGGCGGGGGAGGGGGGUGCGGGGGCGGGGGAGGGAGCGGGGGAGGGGGAGGAGCAGUCGGGCAACUCUUCCGCGCCGCUGAUGGGCGGGCGGGCGCCUCCGGAGGCGGCGGGCACACCACGGGCAUUCGCGCACCGCGACCUCAAGCCGGGGAACAUAAUGAUCAGCGACGACGGGGUGACGCCAGUGGUGAUGGAUUUCGGCAGCCUGAGCGCAUCUCCCCUCCACAUCACGUCACGCACGAUGGCGCUCGCCGUGCAAGACAAUGCCGCCGAGACUAGCACCAUGCCGUACCGCGCGCCAGAGCUGUUCGAUGUCAAGACCGGCUCCGUCAUAGACGAGAAGGUCGAUAUUUGGAGUCUGGGAUGCACGCUGUUCUGCGCACUCUAUGGACACUCGCCGUUUGAGCUCGCCACUGAGGAGAGUGGUGGUAGUCUGGCCCUUGCGAUUUGUUCUGGCAGUUACUCGUUCCCGCAGCCGGGAAGGUUGGGCGGCAGGAAGGUCGGCGAGAAGGACGUCAGCGAGUCGGUCAAGAAUUUGGUACGGAUGUGUCUCAAAAUCGAGCCUGCGGAGAGACCGGACAUCAGGAAACUCAUUGCGGAGGUGCAGGCGGUGGUGAAUGAGCUGGAGGAUGAUGAGUGAUAAGUGCGGUUGAUGGGGGCGCGGCUGUAUGAUAAUUAUGUCUGCUCCUUUGGAGGUUUCGUUAUAUGUUCAUGUUGAUGUUUAUCGGGUGCCUUUGUUUGCCUGUUUGCCUGUUUGCGAUCCACGGGUGGUAAUCGUUGAAUGUAGCUCCUUUAGUGGGCCAAAAAAUCGGGGUUUCUUUUCUUCUCUUCGCAAUUAUAUCAAUCAUCAAUCAUCAAGCCAUGUCACUCAACUUCCG